AUGUACCACAACUUGGCGUACUUAAAGCUAGGGGACCUAGUAGGGGAAUCAGGGAUAAAACCACUACACACUCUUACUACUGAUAACCCACAAUCAGCAAUCCAAAAUUUUCAAUACCACCAACUCCUACACUUUGUUAAAACGGGACCACUAGCCCACAACACUAAUAGAGCCCAGACAACCUUUGAACAACAAUGUGUCAAACAGACUGUAAAGAAAACACGUAUUUCGAUAAUGUAUGCCACGAUCAUAUCUACACAACCCCACCACCUUAUGUACAUCACCACGACAUGGGAAAGAGAACUCAACAUGACCUUACCAGAAGAAAAAUGGUUUAGAAUAUUCAAACAAAUCCAUAAAUCCUCAAGGAAGACCAUAGCACAAGAAUGCAAUUACAAGAGGGUGGCGAGGUGGCACUAUACACCAACCAAACUCCAGUCCCUCUUCCCCAACUUGACCAACCAAUGCUGGAGAUACCAUCAACCUAACGGCAACUCGGCGCAUAUCUGGUGGACCUGCCCAGAGAUACAAAAAUGGGAAUGGGGGGAGUUGAUUGGUAUUAUAGCCACCAAUUGCUUGGUUGGUAACCUAUACAGAGAUUAUGCUGUGGGUAUACUGGUGGAGGGUUUGGUGGUUCGUACAUCAGCCACUGUCUCGAGUAAAGUUGCAGUGUUAGUACCCUACCUCGUAUUCCCACUAGCUGAGAGCCCACGAGAGGAAUAA